AUGGAAGGCUGUGACUCGCCCGUCGUCUCGGGGAAGGACAAUGGGUGCAGUAUCCCUCAGCACCAGCAAUGGACUGAACUCAACAGCACCCACCUCCCUGACAAACCCAGUAGCAUGGAGCAGCCCGCAGGCGAGAGCCACGGGCCCCUGGACGGCCUGAGGGCCCCCUUCAAUGAGCGCCUGGCGGAGAGCAGCACCCCGGCCGGGCCCCCCGCCGAGCCGGCCAGCAAGGAGGUCAGCUGCAACGAGUGCGCCGCCUCCUUCGCCAGCCUGCAGACCUACAUGGAGCACCACUGCCCCAGCGCGCGCCCCCCGCCGCCCCUGAGAGAGGAGAGUGCCAGCGACAGCAGUGAGGAGGGGGACGAGGAGAGCGACGUGGAGAACCUGGCCGGGGAGAUCGUGUACCAGCCCGACGGCUCGGCCUACAUUGUGGAGAGCCUGAGCCAGCUGGCCCAGGGCGGGGGCGCCUGCGGCAGUAGCGGCAGUGGCAGCGGGCCCCUCCCUUCGCUCUUCCCCAGCUCGCUCCCCGGGGCGGGGGGCAAGCAAGGGGACCCCUCCCGUGCUGCAGCAGUGUACCCGCAGAUCAUCAACACGUUCCACAUAGCCUCAUCCUUCGGGAAAUGGUUCGAGGGCCCAGACCAGGCUUUCCCGAAUACCUCAGCCCUGGCGGGGCUCAGCCCCGUCCUGCACAGCUUCCGCGUUUUCGACGUGCGACACAAAAGCAACAAGGAUUACCUGAACAGCGACGGUUCUGCCAAAAGCUCCUGCGUAUCCAAAGAUGUUCCCAACAAUGUGGACCUGUCCAAAUUCGAUGGCUUUGUGCUCUAUGGCAAGAGGAAGCCCAUCCUGAUGUGUUUCUUGUGCAAACUCUCCUUCGGGUACGUCCGUUCGUUUGUGACCCACGCGGUGCACGACCAUCGAAUGACCCUGAGCGAGGACGAGCGGAAAAUUCUUAGCAAUAAGAACAUCUCCGCUAUCAUCCAAGGGAUUGGCAAAGACAAGGAACCCCUUGUAAGUUUUCUGGAACCAAAAAACAAAAACUUUCAACACCCUUUAGUUUCCACAGCUAACCUCAUAGGCCCUGGACACAGUUUUUAUGGUAAAUUUAGUGGCAUUCGAAUGGAAGGGGAGGAGGCUCUCCCAGCCGGCUCUGCUGCUGGCCCUGAGCAGCCCCAGGCUGGUAUCUUGACCCCCAGCACCCUCUUGAACCUUGGCGGGCUCACCAGCUCGGUCCUGAAGACCCCCAUUACCUCAGUCCCCCUGGGGCCUCUGGCUUCCAGUCCUACCAAAUCCUCAGAGGGCAAGGACUCCGGGGCAGCAGAAGGAGAGAAGCAAGAAGCGGGUGACCCGGAUUGCCUCUCCGAGAAAGCAGAGCCGGCCGAGGAGGAGGCAGAAGAGGAGGAGGAGGAAGAAGAGGUGGAGGAGGAAGAGGAGGAGGAGGAGGAAGAAGAGGAAGAAGAGGAGGAGGAGGAGGGUUGCAAAGGACUCUUUCCAAGCGAGCUGGAUGACGAACUGGAGGACAGGCCCCCAGAGGAGUCGGGGGCCACAGCAGGUAGUAGCAGCAAAAAGGACCUUGCUCUCUCAAACCAAAGCAUUUCUAACUCCCCCUUAAUGCCUAACGUGCUCCAGACCCUGUCGAGGGGCACAGCUUCUACUAGUUCUAAUUCUGCUUCUUCCUUUGUUGUCUUUGAUGGUGCGAACAGGAGGAAUCGUUUAAGCUUUAACAGUGAGGGCAUCAGGGCCAAUGUGGCAGAGGGCGGCAGGAGGCUGGACUUCGCUGACGAAAGUGCCAAUAAAGACAAUGCCACAGCACCAGAACCAAAUGAAAGCACAGAGGGCGACGAUGGGGGCUUCGUCCCCCAUCACCAGCACGCUGGCUCCCUCUGCGAGCUUGGGGUUGGGGAGUGCCCCUCGGGGAGCGGUGUGGAGUGCCCCAAAUGUGACACGGUCCUGGGCUCCUCCCGCUCACUGGGUGGCCACAUGACCAUGAUGCAUUCUCGUAACUCGUGUAAGACACUCAAGUGCCCCAAGUGCAACUGGCACUAUAAGUACCAGCAGACUCUGGAGGCACACAUGAAGGAGAAGCACCCGGAGCCAGGGGGCUCCUGUGUCUACUGCAAAAGUGGGCAGCCCCACCCCCGGUUGGCACGAGGCGAGAGCUACACGUGUGGUUACAAGCCUUUCCGCUGUGAGGUGUGUAACUACUCCACAACUACCAAAGGCAACCUCAGUAUUCAUAUGCAGUCUGACAAGCAUCUCAACAACAUGCAGAACCUGCAGAACGGAGGGGGGGAGCAGGUCUUCAGCCACACUGCCGGGGCGGCGGCAGCUGCAGCGGCCGCGGCAGCCGCAGCAGCCAAUAUCAGUAGCUCCUGCGGGGCCCCCUCGCCCACCAAACCAAAAACCAAGCCCACCUGGCGGUGUGAGGUGUGUGAUUACGAGACCAACGUGGCUAGGAACCUCCGCAUCCACAUGACCAGUGAAAAGCACAUGCACAACAUGAUGCUCCUGCAGCAAAACAUGACCCAGAUCCAGCACAACCGCCACCUGGGCCUCAGCAGCCUGCCCUCGGCCGCAGAGGCUGAGCUUUACCAGUACUACCUGGCCCAGAACAUGAACCUGCCCAACCUGAAGGUGGACAGCACUGCCCCGGAUGCCCAGUUCAUGAUGAGUGGAUUCCAGCUGGACCCCACUGCGCCCAUGGCUGCCAUGACGCCUGCUCUAGUGGGCGGUGAGAUCCCCCUCGACAUGCGGCUUGGGGGUGGGCAGCUGGUGUCCGAAGAGCUGAUGAACCUGGGCGAGAGCUUCAUCCAGACCAAUGACCCGUCGCUGAAGCUUUUCCAGUGCGCCGUCUGCAACAAGUUCACAACGGACAACCUGGACAUGCUAGGACUGCACAUGAAUGUGGAACGCAGCCUCUCGGAGGACGAGUGGAAGGCGGUGAUGGGGGACUCAUACCAGUGCAAGCUCUGCCGCUACAACACGCAGCUCAAGGCCAACUUCCAGCUGCACUGCAAGACAGACAAGCAUGUGCAGAAGUACCAGCUGGUGGCCCACAUCAAGGAGGGUGGCAAGGCCAACGAGUGGAGGCUCAAGUGUGUGGCCAUCGGCAACCCUGUGCACCUCAAGUGCAAUGCCUGUGACUACUACACCAACAGCCUGGAGAAGCUGCGGCUGCACACGGUCAACUCCAGGCAUGAGGCCAGCCUGAAGCUCUACAAGCACCUGCAGCAGCACGAGAGCGGCUUGGAGGGCGAGAGCUGCUACUACCACUGUGUCCUGUGCAACUACUCCACUAAGGCCAAGCUCAACCUCAUCCAGCACGUGCGCUCCAUGAAGCACCAGCGCAGCGAGAGCCUGCGCAAGCUGCAGCGGCUGCAGAAGGGCCUUCCGGAGGAGGAUGAGGACCUGGGGCAGAUCUUCACCAUCCGCAGGUGCCCCUCCACCGACCCAGAAGAAGCCAUUGAAGAUGUUGAAGGACCCAGUGAAACGGCUGCUGAUCCAGAGGAGCUUGCUAAAGACCAAGAAAGUGGCGGCGAGAAGGAGCAGAGCAAGUGGGCAGCAUCGUCCAGCCAAGCAGAGAAGGAGCUGACAGAUUCUCCGGCAACCUCCAAACGCAUCUCCUUCCCAGGUAGCUCAGAGUCUCCUCUCUCUUCGAAGCGACCAAAGACAUCUGAGGAGAUCAAACCAGAGCAGAUGUACCAGUGUCCCUACUGCAAGUACAGCAACGCCGAUGUUAACCGGCUCCGGGUGCACGCCAUGACACAGCACUCAGUCCAGCCCAUGCUUCGCUGCCCUCUGUGCCAGGACAUGCUCAACAACAAGAUCCACCUCCAGCUGCACCUCACCCACCUCCACAGUGUGGCACCUGACUGCGUGGAGAAGCUCAUUAUGACGGUGACCACCCCUGAGAUGGUGAUGCCCAGCAGCAUGUUCCUCCCUGCAGCUGUUCCAGAUCGAGAAGGGAAUUCCAAUUUGGAAGAGGCAGGAAAGCAGCCUGAAACCUCAGAGGAUCUGGGAAAGAACAUCUUGCCAUCUGCGAGCACAGAGCAUAGUGGAGAUUUGAAACCCUCUCUUGCUGAACCGGGCUCUGUGAGAGAAGACUCAGGCUUUCUCUGCUGGAAGAAGGGCUGCAACCAGAUUUUCAAAACUUCUGCUGCCCUUCAGACGCACUUCAACGAGGUGCAUGCCAAGAGGCCUCAGCUGCCCGUGUCGGAUCGCCACGUGUACAAGUACCGCUGUAAUCAGUGCAGCUUGGCUUUCAAGACCAUUGAAAAGUUGCAGCUCCAUUCUCAGUACCACGUGAUCAGAGCUGCCACCAUGUGCUGUCUUUGUCAGCGCAGCUUCCGAACUUUCCAGGCUCUGAAAAAACACCUCGAGACAAGCCACCUGGAGUUGAGUGAGGCCGACAUCCAGCAGCUUUAUGGUGGCCUUCUGGCCAAUGGGGACCUCCUGGCAAUGGGAGACCCCACCCUGGCUGAGGACCACACCAUAAUCGUAGAGGAAGACAAGGAGGAAGAGAGUGACUUGGAAGAUAAACAGAGUCCAACAGGCAGUGACUCUGGGUCAGUACAAGAGGACUCGGGCUCAGAGCCAAAGAGAGCUCUACCUUUCAGAAAAGGCCCCAAUUUUACCAUGGAAAAAUUUCUAGACCCUUCUCGCCCUUACAAGUGUACCGUCUGCAAGGAAUCUUUCACUCAAAAGAAUAUCCUGCUAGUGCACUACAAUUCUGUCUCCCACCUGCAUAAGUUGAAGAGAGCCCUUCAGGAAUCGGCAACUGGUCAGCCAGAACCCACCAGCAGCCCAGACAACAAACCUUUUAAGUGUAACACUUGUAAUGUGGCCUAUAGCCAGAGUUCCACUCUGGAGAUCCACAUGAGGUCUGUGCUGCAUCAAACCAAGGCCCGGGCAGCCAAGCUGGAGGCUGCAAGUGGCAGUGGCAAUGGGACUGGAAACAGCAGCAGUGUCUCCCAGAGUUCCUCUACACCAAGUCCUGUGAGCACCAGUGGCAGUAACACUUUUACCACCACCAAUCCAAGCAGUGCCAGCAUCACUCCGAGCUCCAACUUGCUGAGCCAAGUGCCCAGUGAAAGUGUGGGAAUGCCACCCCUGGGGAAUCCCAUCAGUGCUAACAUUGCUUCUCCUUCAGAGCCCAAGGAGGCCAAUCGGAAGAAGCUGGCAGAUAUGAUUACAUCCAGGCAGCAGCAGCAGCAGCAACAGCAGCAGCAGCAGCAGCAGCAGCAGCAGCAACAGCAACAAGCUCAGACACUGGCCCAGGCCCAGGCUCAAGUUCAAGCUCACUUGCAGCAGGAGCUGCAGCAGCAGGCUGCCCUGAUCCAGUCUCAGCUGUUUAACCCCACGCUCCUCCCUCACUUCCCCAUGACCACUGAGGCCCUGCUGCAGCUGCAGCAGCAGCAGCACCUCCUCUUCCCUUUCUACAUCCCCAGUGCUGAGUUCCAGCUCAACCCCGAGGUGAGUUUGCCAGUGACGAGUGGGGCGCUGACGCUGACUGGGACAGGCCCGGGCCUGCUGGAAGAUCUGAAGGCUCAGGUUCAGAUCCCACAGCAGAGCCACCAGCAGAUCCUACAGCAGCAGCAGCAGCAGCAGCAGCAGCAGCAAAGCCAACUCUCUCUGUCCCAAAGUCACUCUGCCCUCCUUCAACCAAGCCAGCACCCCGAAAAGAAAAACAAAUUGGUCAUCAAAGAAAAGGAAAAAGAAAGCCAGAGAGAGAAGGACGGUACUGAGGGGGGAGAAGGCAAUGCGGGACUGAAGGAAUCGCUGCCAGAUGCCUUGAAGGCCAAAGAGAAGAAAGAGCUGGCAUCCGGGAGUAGUUCGGAGUCUUCCAUGCUUCCUCCACGCAUCGCCUCGGAUGCCAGAGGGAAUGCCACCAAGGCCUUGCUGGAGAAUUUUGGCUUUGAGCUGGUCAUUCAGUACAAUGAGAACAAGCAGAAGGUGCAGAAGAAGAACGGGAAGACGGAGCAGGGAGAGAACGUGGAAAAACUCGAGUGCGACUCCUGUGGCAAGUUGUUUUCCAACAUAUUGAUUUUAAAGAGCCAUCAGGAGCAUGUACAUCAGAAUUACUUUCCCUUUAAACAGCUCGAGAGGUUUGCCAAACAGUACAGAGAGCACUAUGAUAAACUGUACCCCCUGAGGCCCCAGACCCCGGAGCCACCUCCACCGCCCCCUCCCCCUCCCCCACCGCCGCUCCCUGCAGCACCGCCGCAGCCCGCUUCCACGCCAGCCAUUCCUGCAUCAGCGCCCGCCAUCACCUCACCCACGAUUGCCCCAGCCCAGCCAUCUGUGCCACUCACGCAGCUCUCCAUGCCAAUGGAGCUACCCAUCUUCUCACCACUGAUGAUGCAGACAAUGCCACUGCAGACCUUGCCAGCCCAGCUGCCCCCCCAGCUUGGGCCUGUAGAGCCUCUGCCUGCAGACCUGGCCCAGCUGUACCAGCAUCAGCUCAAUCCGACCCUGCUCCAGCAGCAGAACAAGAGGCCUCGCACCAGGAUCACAGAUGACCAGCUCCGAGUUCUGCGGCAAUAUUUUGACAUUAACAACUCCCCCAGUGAAGAGCAGAUCAAGGAGAUGGCAGACAAGUCUGGGUUGCCCCAGAAAGUGAUCAAGCACUGGUUCAGGAACACUCUCUUUAAAGAGCGGCAACGUAACAAGGACUCCCCUUACAACUUCAGCAACCCUCCCAUCACCAGCCUGGAGGAGCUCAAGAUCGAUUCCCGGCCCCCUUCCCCGGAACCUCAGAAGCAAGAGUACUGGGGAAGCAAGAGGUCUUCCAGAACAAGGUUUACUGACUACCAGCUGAGGGUCCUACAGGACUUCUUUGAUGCCAAUGCUUACCCAAAGGAUGAUGAAUUUGAGCAGCUCUCUAAUUUACUGAAUCUUCCAACCCGAGUUAUAGUGGUGUGGUUUCAGAAUGCCCGACAGAAGGCCAGGAAAAAUUACGAGAAUCAAGGAGAGGGCAAAGACGGAGAGCGGCGUGAGCUUACAAAUGAUAGAUAUAUUCGAACGAGCAACUUGAACUACCAGUGCAAAAAAUGUAGCCUGGUGUUUCAGCGCAUCUUUGAUCUCAUCAAGCACCAGAAGAAGCUGUGCUACAAGGAUGAGGAUGAGGAGGGGCAGGAUGACAGCCAAAAUGAGGAUUCCAUGGAUGCCAUGGAGAUCCUGACACCCACCAGCUCCUCCUGCAGCACCCCCAUGCCCUCCCAGGCUUACAGUACCCCAGCAGCAUGUGCCAGUACGGCCUCCUCCGCCUUCUUGCAGCUCACAGCGGAGGCUGACGAACUGGCCUCCUUCAGUUCAAAGACAGAGGCGAGUGAUGAGAAACCAAAGCAGGCUGAUAUUCCCGGUGCACCGCCCAACCAAACCCAUGAAAAGCAAGGACAACCAAAGGCAGAGCUGCAGCAGCAAGACCAGCUAGAGCAGAAGACAAACGCACCCCAGCAAAAGCUCCCCCAGCUGGCUUCCCCGCCUUCGUUACCACAGCCGCCUCCACAAGCGCCACCCCCUCAGUGCCCCUUACCCCAGUCGAGCCCCAGUCCUUCCCAGCUCUCCCACCUGCCUCUCAAGCCCCUCCACACGUCAACUCCUCAACAGUUGGCAAACCUACCUCCUCAGCUAAUCCCCUACCAGUGUGACCAGUGUAAAUUGGCGUUUCCAUCAUUUGAGCACUGGCAGGAGCAUCAGCAGCUUCACUUCCUGAGUGCACAAAACCAGUUCAUCCAUCCCCAGUUUUUGGACAGGUCACUGGAUAUGCCUUUCAUGCUGUUUGAUCCUAGUAACCCACUCCUGGCCAGCCAGCUGCUCUCUGGGGCCAUACCUCAGAUUCCAGUGAGCUCAGCCACUUCUCCUUCAACUCCAACCUCCACCAUGAACACUCUAAAGAGGAAGCUGGAGGAAAAAGCCAGUGCCAGCCCUGGUGAAAAUGACAGUGGGACAGGAGGGGAAGAACCUCAGAGAGAUAAGCGUUUGAGGACAACUAUAACACCAGAACAGCUAGAAAUUCUCUACCAAAAGUAUCUACUGGACUCUAAUCCAACUCGAAAGAUGUUGGAUCACAUUGCACAUGAGGUGGGCCUGAAGAAACGUGUGGUGCAAGUCUGGUUUCAGAAUACCCGAGCUCGGGAAAGGAAAGGACAGUUCCGGGCUGUGGGCCCAGCCCAGGCCCACAGGAGAUGCCCAUUUUGCAGAGCACUCUUCAAAGCCAAGACUGCCCUCGAGGCUCAUAUCCGGUCCCGGCACUGGCAUGAAGCCAAGAGAGCUGGCUACAACCUGACCCUGUCUGCGAUGCUCUUAGACUGUGAUGGGGGACUCCAGAUGAAAGGAGAUAUUUUUGAUGGAAAUAGCUUUUCCCACCUACCCCCAAGCACUAGUGAUGGUCAGGGUGUCCCUCUCUCCCCUGUGAGUAAAACUAUGGAGUUGUCUCCCAGAACUCUACUUAGCCCUUCCUCCAUUAAGGUAGAAGGGAUUGAAGACUUUGAAAGCCCCUCCAUGUCCUCAGUUAAUCUAAACUUUGACCAAACUAAGCUGGACAAUGAUGACUGUUCCUCUGUCAACACAGCAAUCACAGAUACCACAACUGGAGACGAGGGCAAUGCAGAUAAUGACAGUGCAACAGGAAUAGCAACUGAAACCAAAUCCUCUUCUGCGCCCAAUGAGGGGUUGACCAAAGCGGCCAUGAUGGCAAUGUCCGAGUAUGAAGAUCGGUUGUCAUCUGGUCUGGUCAGCCCAGCCCCAAGCUAUUAUAGCAAGGAAUAUGACAAUGAAGGUACAGUGGACUACAGUGAAACCUCAAGCCUUGCAGAUCCCUGUUCCCCAAGUCCUGGUGCGAGUGGGUCUGCAGGCAAAUCUGGUGACAGCGGGGAUCGGCCUGGGCAGAAACGUUUUCGCACUCAGAUGACCAAUCUGCAGCUGAAGGUCCUCAAGUCAUGCUUUAAUGACUACAGGACACCCACUAUGCUAGAGUGUGAGGUCCUGGGUAAUGACAUUGGACUGCCAAAGAGAGUCGUUCAGGUCUGGUUCCAGAAUGCCCGGGCAAAAGAAAAGAAGUCCAAGUUAAGCAUGGCCAAGCAUUUUGGUAUAAACCAAACGAGUUACGAGGGACCCAAAACAGAGUGCACUUUGUGUGGCAUCAAGUACAGCGCUCGGCUGUCUGUACGUGACCAUAUCUUUUCCCAACAGCAUAUCUCCAAAGUUAAAGACACCAUUGGAAGUCAGCUGGACAAAGAGAAAGAAUACUUUGACCCAGCCACUGUACGACAGUUGAUGGCUCAACAAGAGUUGGACCGGAUUAAAAAAGCCAAUGAGGUCCUUGGACUGGCAGCUCAGCAGCAGGGGAUGUUUGAAAAUGCCCCUCUUCAGGCUCUUAACCUCCCUACGGCAUACCCAGCGCUCCAGGGCAUUCCUCCCGUGUUGCUCCCCGGCCUCAACAGCCCCUCCUUGCCAGGCUUUACUCCAUCCAACACAGCUUUAACGUCUCCGAAGCCGAACCUGAUGGGUCUGCCCAGCACAACAGUUCCUUCCCCUGGCCUCCCCACAUCUGGAUUACCAAAUAAACCAUCCUCAGCGUCGCUGAGCUCCCCAACCCCAGCACAAGCCACCAUGGUGAUGGCCCCUCAGCAGCCCCCCCAACCCCAGCAGCAGCCACAGGUGCAGCAGCCGCCCACUCUGCCAGCAGUCCAGCCACCACCCACAACUCAGCUCCCACCACAACAGCAGCAGCAACGCAAGGACAAAGACAGUGAGAAAGUAAAGGAGAAGGAAAAGGUACACAAAGGGAAAGGGGAACCCUUGCCAGUCCCUAAGAAGGAGAAAGGAGAGGCCCCCCCGACAGCUGCGGCCACGAUCUCAGCCCCGCUGCCAGCAAUGGAGUAUGCAGUGGACCCUGCUCAGCUGCAGGCCCUGCAGGCAGCCUUGACUUCGGACCCCACCGCGUUGCUCACGAGCCAGUUCCUUCCUUACUUUGUACCAGGCUUUUCUCCUUACUAUGCCCCCCAGAUCCCUGGCGCCCUGCAGAGCGGGUACCUGCAGCCUAUGUAUGGCAUGGAAGGCCUGUUCCCCUACAGCCCUGCGCUGUCGCAGGCCCUGAUGGGGCUGUCUCCGGGCUCCCUACUGCAGCAGUACCAGCAAUACCAGCAGAGUCUGCAGGAGGCGAUCCAGCAGCAGCAGCAGCGGCAACUGCAUCAGCAGCAGCAGCAGCAGAAACUGCAGCCGCAGCAGCAGCCGCCGCCACUGCCCAAAGCAAGCCAAACCCCAGUCCCCCAGGGGGCUGCUUCCCCAGACAAAGACCCUGCCAAAGAAUCCCCCAAACCAGAAGAGCAGAAAAACGCCCCCCGUGAGGUAUCCCCCCUCCUGCCGAAACCCCCCGAAGAGCCAGAAGCAGAAAGCAAAAGUGCGGACUCCCUCUCCGACCCCUUCAUUGUUCCAAAGGUGCAGUACAAGUUGGUCUGCCGCAAGUGCCAGGCGGGCUUCGGCGAUGAGGAGGCGGCCAGGAGCCACCUGAAGUCCCUCUGCUUCUUCGGCCAGUCUGUGGUGAACCUGCAAGAGAUGGUGCUUCACGUCCCCACGGGCGGCGGUGGUGGCGGCGGUGGUGGCGGUGGCAGCGGCGGCGGCGGCUCGUACCACUGCCUGGCGUGCGAGAGCGCGCUCUGUGGGGAGGAAGCUCUGAGUCAACAUCUCGAGUCGGCCUUGCACAAACACAGAACAAUCACGAGAGCAGCAAGAAACGCCAAAGAGCACCCUAGUUUAUUACCUCACUCUGCCUGCUUCCCCGAUCCUAGCACCGCAUCUACCUCGCAGUCUGCCGCUCACUCAAACGACAGCCCCCCUCCCCCGUCGGCCGCCGCCCCCUCCUCGUCCUCCGCUGCCCCCCACGUCUCCAGGAAGUCUUGGCCGCAAGUGGUCUCCCGGGCUUCGGCCGCGAAGCCCCCUUCUUUUCCUCCUCUCUCCUCAUCUUCAACGGUUACCUCAAGUUCAUGCAGCACCUCAGGGGUUCAGCCCUCGAUGCCAACAGACGACUAUUCGGAGGAGUCUGACACGGAUCUCAGCCAAAAGUCCGACGGACCGGCGAGCCCGGUGGAGGGUCCCAAAGACCCCAGCUGCCCCAAGGACAGUGGUCUGACCAGUGUAGGAACGGACACCUUCAGAUUGUAAGCUUUGAAGAUGAACAAUACAAACAAAUGAGUUUAAAUAAAAAUAACAAACCAAUUUCAAAAAUAGACUAACUGCAAUUCCAAAGCUUCUAACAAAAAAAAAAAAAAAAAAAAAAAAAAAAAAAGAAGAAGAAAAAAAAAAAUAGAAAAACGUGGGUUGUUUUCCCAUAUACCUAUCUAUGCCGGUGAUUUUACAUUGUCUUUUCUUUUUUCUUUUAAUAUUUAAAAAACAAAAAAACAAACAAAAAAAACCCCUCACCCUGCUACAUUGUGUCCUUUUGAAGGUACUAUUGGUCUGGGAAACAGAAGUCCGCAGGGCCUCCCUAAUGUCUUUGGAGCUUAAACCCCUUGUAUAUUUGCCCCUUUUCAAUAAACGCCCCACAUUGAUAGCACAGCGGAGCCCGGCAUGCACUGUAUGGGAAAGCAGUCCACCUUGUUACAGUUUUAAAUUUCUUGCUAUCUUAGCAUUCAGAUACCAAUGGCUUGCUAAAAGAAAAAAAGAAAUGUAAUGUCUUUUUAUUCUCAGGUCAAUCGCUCACACUUUGUUCUGUUUUCAGAAUCAUUUUAUAUAUAUAUUAUUUUUUCAGUUUUUUGUUUUGUUUUGUUUUGUUUUUUGGUUUUGGGGGGGGUUUUUUGUUCCAGAAAAGAUUUUUUUGUUAAUUUAAAAACGGGCAGAAAGUUCGAGAAAAACAAUGUGAACUGCUUUAGCUUUCUGGGGAUUUUUAAGGAUAGCUUUUCUGCUGAAGCCAAUUUCAAGGGGAAAAGUUAAGCACUCCCACUUUCAGAAAAAUAACCCACACACACAAAGAGUGUUGAGGACUUGUAGCUUAAAAAAAAAGUUUUAAAAACUGACUUUCUGUAUUUAUGAUAGAUAUGACCAUUUUGGUGUUGAGUAGAUUGUUGCAUUGGAAAUGAACUGAAGCAGUAUGGUAGAUUUAAAAGGAAAAAAAAAAAAAACCUUUUGUGUACAUUUAGCUUUUUGUAUGGUCCAGCUGACAGCUCCUCAUUUGAUGUUGUCUUGUUCAUUCCUAGCAGAUAGAUUGCAAUCCGUUGAUUCACCUAAGCUUUUCUCCCUUGUCCCUUAAUUCCACUUUCUCUUUCCUUCUCCCACCUCCCAUCCUAUAAUCUCCCACUUAAGGUAGCUGCCUUCAUUUCUUAGAGGGUAGUUACAGAAUUAUUUUAUGAAACUAAAGAAAGAAUUUCAAGGGAUUCUAGGGGUCAUUAGGAUCCUCACAGAUUAUUUUUGGUUGGGGAGUUGAAACUUUUUAAAGGCAUAUAAUUCUAGUUACCUGUCUGUUAGCCUUGUGCAUUUAUUUUUUAUUUAUCCUUCUUUUGGCUUUUCUUCAUACUCCUCCUUUUCCUCCUCGUUUGGUAGAUCCUUCAAAUAUUCUUUUCCUGAACGAAAGCAUUUGUUUCAGUUUGUGUAAUUGGGCGGUGUGCUUUUCUUUUCUAAAAAAGUUUUUGGUUGGGGUUUGGGUUUUGUGUUUGUGUUUUUUUCUUUUCUCUCUCAGAAAAAGAAAUUUCAUGCUUUAAAUAAAAUCCAAAGACACACCCUUUCACUGCUGAUGCAGAAAAAAAGGGAAAGGGUUCUUGUUACUUGAGAAUUUGUUUCUGAUUUAAGCAAACAAGACUUAGUUUAAUAAAAGAAAGAGUAAAACAAAAGAUUCCCAGGUUAUGUGCUUCUUCUGCAAGCAGAGAGGCAACUGUUAAUGACAAUUCCAUAUACCAAAAGACACAUUUUUUACUUCAAAGUUUUGUCCUUGUGUUAGGCAGUCUGAGCGGCGGCAAGUGAUCCAGAGUGCAGCCAACAAAGAAGCAAAUAGCAAUGUGCAGAAAGCAAAAAAAAGAACCAUUAUGUGAGGCACUUGUGUUUAUGCUAGUAUCCAUAUUCCUGUAACACACAACACAAUGCAUAACACACACACAAUGUGUAACACACACCCUUCUCAAAAAAAAAACGGUAUGAACUUUGAAAGGAAAACUUUGUGCUGCUAAAACAUAGAUUUUGGAGACAAAUAGAUUCUUUGCUGUUUCACUUUCAUAGCCAAACAUCAACAGAAACAAUCUCCCCUUGCCCCAAAAGUGUGAAAUCCUUCUCCCCUUCAUUCUUUUCCUUGUUUCAAAAGGGAACUUUGAAGACUGUGAAUGCAGGUUCCAUUGGUCAUCUUUUCGGCUUCUUUCCCCAGUGCUGAAGCCACUUACCGACUUUGCAAAAGACUGGAGCAUUCCAAGAUCUGAAAAUGGAUUUCUUUUUUCUUUUUUUUCCUUUUUAGCCGGGACUAUUUUAUUUUUAUGAAUUUGUUUUUAGUUUAAUGAAAGAAUAGAUCCUGAACUGUUGUACAUAUUUCUAACUAGGCUGAUGCACAGUGCAAAUUCCUUUUUUAAUUGUUUUUUUUUUAAGUAGAAAUACUAAAGAAUACCAUCUUAACUAUUCAUACCAGUAUCCAGCUGUAGCAUAAGGUGUCAAAAACAAAUACACAAAAUAUUUACUGUUCUAACAAG